GAUAAAACAAGUUGUCAAUAAUCUCCAAAUAAAAUAGGACGAUACCUUGUUAUCGAAAUCUAUUUAUACCAAUAUGCUAGAUGUGAAGUGGGAAAUUACUUUUAUGGCUUAUGCUAUUGAUUACAUCACAGUUGUCAGUUACAUUUCAAUUAUAUACACUAUUUUUUAAAUUUUAUACAUGUAUUUAUGUAUGCUUAAUUAAUUUCUUCCAUUCUUAAUAAUGGCUACAAAACUUAGAAUAAAUAUUUAUUUAGUGGGGAAUGAAUCAAAUCAAAUAACUGGUGGUAAAUUGCCAUCUAAUAGACAAGUAUUUUUAGUUUUCUUUUAUAAUUUACGUGUUGUGAAAUUAAAUAUGCGUCAAAGUGCACAUUUGGCUAUAAAAGAAACAAUAAUUUUUUGGGUAAAAGCAAGAAUUCCUGUAAGGGACACUCAACAUUGUGUAGCCAAAUUAGAAAAUUUUUAUCAAAAAUGGAGAUCAGUUCAAAAAAAUCGUAAAUCUAGAACAAAAUGGCAAGUUAGUUUAGAGAAUCAGUUUUCAGAAACUUUGGACGAUUUAUUUGAUAUAGCACAUGCAGAUGCUCUUAAUAUAAUAAAAAUUCAGGAAGAUAAAAAAUUUUUACUAGCUCAAAGACAGAAAGGGCGAGUAGGCUAUAUGGCUGGAGUUGAUGAAAAAUUAGUAUAAAUUGAAAAAAGAAAAGCUAAUCGUUCACAU